AGUCCUGGUGCUGCUGGUGGUUGAGAGCUGAGUUAAUGUGAGUGGAUCCGGUGAAGCUUUGUCUGCUGCUCUGGGCCCUUGAUGUGGAGGAAGGAGGCGGGUUCAGCUCAGUAAAAGCAGCUGAACAGAAGCUUCACAUCAGUCAGAGCUACGAUGAGACCAACAUCUCUACCAGCUUCACUCUUUGUGACCUUGUUGGUGUUCUGCACAGUGGAUGAAGUUCUUCCAGUUCAUUUGACUGUGAGUCCCAGCAGAUCCCAGUUCUUUAGAGGAGAAUCAGUGACUCUGAUCUGUGAGGAUGAAAACAGAUCAUCUGGAUGGACAGUGAGGAGAAACACCAGCAGAGGAACAAGGACUCAGUGCAAAGAUGGAUGGGGGGAAUUAAAUAGUUCUACUUGUAACAUGACCUACCUCCUCCCAUCAGACACUGGUCUGUACUGGUGUGAGUCUGGAUCCUCCAGCAGCAGCAGCAGCAGCAGCAGCAGCAGCAGCAGCAGCUGCAGCAGCAGCUGCAGCAUCCAGCUCUCUGUCUCUGGAUCAGUGAUCCUGCAGAGUCCUGUCCUCCCUGUGAUGGAGGGAGAUGACGUCACUCUGAGCUGCAGAGCAAGGAAUCCAACCCACAACCUCCCAGCUGCUUUCUAUAAAGAUGGCUCCUUCAUUGGUGAUGGAUCAGCAGGCAGCAUGACCCUCCUCCAUGUUUCCAGCUCUGAUGAAGGCCUCUAUAAAUGUAGCAUCAGCGGUUCUGGAGAGUCUCCAUCCAGCAGGGUCUCUGUCAAAGGUCAGAGAGAAACCAUCAACCACAUCGUCUCCAUCAACUCCUCCUCCAUCAUCUUCCUCUUCAUCUUCCUCCCAGUUUCUCCUCUAUGGUCUCUUGUCUCUAUCAGCUGCUGUUCUGGUUCUACUGGUUCUACUGGUUCUACUGGUCAAUCGUCACAUUAACAGGAAAU